GAACUCCUCCACACAGGUUUGAAGUCGUCUCCUCAUCAUGUCUGGCAGCAGCAGAACUCUGGAUGAUCUGAGGAACCUCUAUCAGACCAGGAAAGGUUUCGAUUCACAGCAGACGACCAAGUUCUUUGACAGCUGGGCGGCGACAUAUGAUGAGGAUAUGGAGACACUCAAAUACAGAGAGCCACAAGUGUUGGUAGAUUUCCUAAAUGCCAACUUCUCUGGGAGUCGUGAGGAGGUGCAGGUUCUGGACGUCGCCUGUGGGUCUGGACUGGUCGCUAAAAUGAUGGCUGAACUGGGCUUCAGGCACUUUGUUGGAGUGGACGGCAGUAAAAACAUGCUGGACCAAGCUGCAAAGAGCGGCCUCUAUCAAGACCUCAAACUGGCCUUACUGGGAACAGAACCACUGCCUGCACAGACUGGUGCGUUUGAUGUUGUCAUCAUCGUUGGUGCUUUACGUGAAUGUUCUGUGCCGGUCAGCGUUGUCAGGGAGCUCUACCAGGCCACCAAACCAGGAGGUUAUGUUUGCAUGACGAGAGUGGACACAAAGACGGAGUCUGGAAAAGAAUACAAGGUGUCUUUGGAGAAAGAGCUGCAGCUGAUGGAGGAGGAGGCACUGUGGGUCAAAGUGGACACCAAGCAGGAGAACAAUUACCUAUUAGACCCUUUUAAUCGCCAUGAAAAAGAGCAGAAGGAGCAAUACAUCGGUGGGUCCAUAUACAUGUACAAGUCACUCAAGUAGUCACUGUACAUCUGUAGACAUUCCUUCACUGUCUGAUCUGUACAUUCAACACAAUGUCACUAAACACACCAAAGUUUAUGUGGACAUUUUGAUCCUUCAGUACAAUCAAGCCCCGAGCUAUGAUCGGACAGUUGAUUGUUUUUCAGUGAUACGUGACUUUGCUGUGUCCAGACCUGGAGGGUUCAGUCACAAUGAUAAACAUUCAUUUAUUAAAAACAAAAGGAAUAAUAAUUGUCAUUAAAUGUAUGUUUUUCAUGCAAUCAUGACAAUAAAUAUAAACAUUACAAGAGAAACAA